AUGAGGCAGAGAAGAUGGAUGGAGCUCAUCAAAGACUAUGAUUUCACCUUGGAGUAUCAUCCCGGAAAGGCCAAUGUAGUGGCUAAUGCCUUGAGCAGGAGACCCCGAGGUAUUGUGGCAUUUCUUAUGGUUCAAAAGUGGCUCAUGUUGGAAACUGCAUCCGAGUUUGACCUUAAGCCAAUAGGAGAAGGACAGGGAAUCUUUCUUGGUAGUAUUACUUUACAGCCUACAUUGAUUUUCAAGAUCAUUCAGAGUCAAGUGCAUGAUGAGUUUUCUCAGGCGAGAUUGGCAGAGAUGACUACUGCUUUGAAUAAGGAAGGUCCUUCUGAGUGGAUAGUUAGAACAGAUGGUGGGUUGAGAUUUCGAUCAAGAUUGUAUGUUCCGAGUAGUGACAAUCUCAAGGACGAAGUCAUGCGGGAAGCACAUCGAUCUCGAUAUACUGUGAAGGCAGAGCAUCAGAGACCUGCAGGUAUGUUGAAGCCAUUACCAAUCCCUGUCUGGAAAUGGGAAGAGAUCUCUAUAGACUUUGUGACUGGAUUGCCUAGGUCCAGACAAAGUUAUGACUCGAUAUGGGUGAUUGUUGACUGUUUGACGAAGUCAGCACAUUUUCUUCCUGUGGCAAAGAUUUACUUGGGUGAUGCCUUGUGUAAGUUGUAUCUCAAUGAGAUAGUGAAGCUUCAUGGUGUGCACGUAUCUAUUGUUUCAGAUCGGGAUGCUCGAUUCACUUCAGAAUUUUGGCGUAGAUUUCAUAAGGCAUUUGGAACAUCUUUAGCUAUGAGCAUUGCUUUUCAUCCACAGACAGAUGGGUAG